GGGGAGGUGAUGAACCUGUUGAUGUUCCUCUCGACGUGGGACGGGAAAGUGCCUCAACCCGCCAUCCUGAAGCCGCGACCCCUCUGGACGGGCAAACAGAUCUUCUCCCUCAUCAUCCCCGGUCACAUCAACUGCAUCCGCACCCACAGCACCCACCCCGAUGACGAGGACAGCGGACCCUACAAGCACAUCUCCCCCGGGGACACCAAGGUAUGGGGUCACACCAUCGGCAUCGGGGACUCCAUCGCUGACGCGAAGACCUACCAGGACAUCCAGAACACCAUCAAGAAGGCCAAACAGGACGUCAUUGAGGUCAUCGAGAAGGCCCACAACAACGAGCUGGAGCCCACCCCGGGGAACACCCUACGCCAGACCUUCGAGAACCAGGUCAACCGGAUCCUCAACGACGCCCGAGACAAGACGGGUUCCUCCGCCCAGAAGUCCCUCUCCGAAUACAACAACUUCAAGUCCAUGGUGGUGUCGGGGGCCAAAGGCUCCAAAAUCAACAUCUCCCAGGUCAUCGCGGUUGUGGGGCAGCAGAACGUGGAAGGGAAGCGGAUCCCCUUUGGUUUCAAGCACCGUACGUUGCCCCACUUCAUCAAAGACGAUUACGGCCCCGAAAGUCGGGGGUUCGUGGAGAACUCCUACUUGGCCGGUCUCACCCCCACCGAGUUCUUCUUCCACGCCAUGGGUGGGCGAGAAGGUCUCAUCGACACCGCCGUCAAGACGGCAGAAACGGGAUACAUCCAACGCCGUCUGAUCAAAUCGAUGGAAUCGGUGAUGGUGAAGUACGACGCCACCGUCCGGAACUCCAUCAACCAGGUGGUUCAACUGCGCUACGGAGAGGACGGGCUGGCAGGAGAGAGCGUCGAGUUCCAGAACUUGGCCACCCUCAAACCCUCCAACAAGGCUUUCGAGAAGAAGUUCAAGUUCGACUACACCAACGAGCGGGCGCUGCGGCGGACGCUGCAGGAGGAGCUGGUGAAGGACAUCCUCUCCAACGCCCACAUCCAGAACGAGCUGGAGCGCGAGUUCGAGAAGAUGCGGGAGGACCGCGAGGUCCUACGGGUCAUCUUCCCCACCGGGGACAGCAAGGUGGUGCUCCCCUGUAACCUCCUGCGCAUGAUCUGGAACGCUCAGAAGAUAUUCCACAUCAACUCCCGCCUCCCCUCCGACCUGCACCCCGUCAAGGUGGUGGAGGGGGUGAAGGAGCUGAGCCGCAAACUGGUGAUCGUCAACGGGGACGACCCGCUGAGCCGUCAGGCGCAGGAGAACGCCACUCUCCUCUUCAACAUCCACCUCCGCUCCACCCUCUGCAGCCGCCGCAUGGUGGAGGAGUUCCGCCUCAGCGGGGAGGCCUUCGACUGGUUGCUGGGGGAGAUCGAGUCCAAGUUCAACCAGAGCAUCGCCCACCCUGGGGAGAUGGUGGGGGCGCUGGCUGCCCAGUCGCUGGGUGAACCCGCCACCCAGAUGACCCUCAACACCUUCCACUACGCUGGAGUCUCGGCCAAGAACGUCACUUUGGGUGUUCCCCGGCUCAAGGAACUCAUCAACAUCUCCAAGAAGCCCAAAACGCCGUCGCUCACCGUCUUCCUGCUGGGUCAGAGCGCCCGCGAUGCCGAACGGGCCAAGGACAUCUUGUGCCGCCUGGAGCACACCACUCUGCGCAAGGUGACGGCCAACACCGCCAUCUACUACGACCCCAACCCUCAGAGCACGGUGGUGGCUGAGGACCAGGAAUGGGUCAACGUCUACUACGAGAUGCCCGACUUUGAUGUCAGCCGCAUCUCGCCCUGGCUGCUCCGCGUUGAACUUGACCGCAAGCACAUGACCGACCGCAAGCUCACCAUGGAGCAGAUCGCCGAGAAGAUCAAUGCUGGUUUUGGGGAUGACCUCAACUGCAUCUUCAACGAUGACAACGCGGAGAAGUUGGUGCUGCGCAUCCGCAUCAUGAACAGCGACGAGAACAAGAUGCAGGAGGAGGAGGAGGUGGUGGACAAGAUGGAUGAUGACGUCUUCUUGCGCUGCAUCGAGUCCAACAUGUUGACGGACAUGACGCUGCAGGGCAUCGAGCAGAUCAGCAAGGUGUACAUGCACCUACCGCAGACGGACAACAAGAAGAAGAUCAUCAUCACUGAGGACGGGGAGUUUAAGGCCCUCCAGGAGUGGAUCCUGGAGACCGACGGCGUCAGUCUCAUGCGGGUGUUGAGCGAGAAGGACGUGGACCCCGUCCGCACCACCUCCAACGACAUCGUGGAGAUCUUCACCAUGUUGGGGUCCCCCAAGGACGGGGAGGGAGGGGGACACCGUGAGAGUGGUGGCGUGGAGAUCCUCAACGUCAACAUGGGCACCACCAGCCCCGGAU